AUGACGGAUCCUGUUGUAUUGCAGUCAGCAGUGCGAGUGCCCACACCUCCACCUGGCACAUCCCAUUCGCCAAUAGCGCCGGCUUCACGAAAGCGCUCACCCCCCUCUCGUUCGCCUUCGCCCAAUCGUCGUCGGUCGCCUCCGGGUGACACUGUGAAAGAAGAUGGCGACCGGGAACGACAACUUGCGGAGCGGGUUCGUCAACAUGAAAAGCAGGAGGCGGCGCGGAAACCGAUGACAGAAGAGGAGAAGCAAGCUUCAGCCAAGGCAGAAUAUGAAAAGCUUCUGAAUAUGCGGUCCGGUGGAACUUAUAUUCCCCCUGCUCGACUUCGUGCGCUGCAAGCACAGAUCACAGAUAAGACCAGCAAGGAAUACCAGCGUAUGGCAUGGGAAGCUUUGAAGAAGUCGAUCAACGGUCUGAUCAAUAAGGUCAACGUCUCGAAUAUAAAAUUUAUCGUCCCAGAGCUCUUCGGGGAGAACUUGGCUCAGGCUGCCAGUUUGCCAUUUACCCCAAUUUACGCUGCAAUGGCAGCCAUCGUCAACACCAAGCUUCCCCAGGUGGGCGAGCUGCUACUGAACCGGUUGAUUGUCCAAUUUCGUAAAGCGUUCAAACGAAAUGAUAAAGCGGUUUGCAUCUCGUCGACGACCUUCAUCGCUCAUUUGUGCAACCAGCAGGUCGUCCAUGAAAUGCUUGCAGCUCAGAUUCUUCUUCUCCUGCUUCACAAGCCAACGGACGACAGUGUAGAGAUUGCUGUUGGGCUCACAAGGGAAGUUGGGCAGCAUUUGGAGGAAAUGAGUGGUCCUAUUGCCCUGGCAGUCUUCGAUCAGUUCAGAAAUAUCCUCCACGAAGCCGAUAUUGACAAGAGAGUGCAGUAUAUGAUCGAAGUCCUGUUCCAGGUUCGCAAAGACCGCUACAAGGACAAUCCAGCCGUCAAGGAAGAACUUGAUCUUGUAGAGGAGGAAGAUCAGAUCACACACCGCGUUGGUCUUGACGAUGAGAUUGAAACGCAGGAUAACCUCAACAUCUUCAAAUACGAUCCCGAGUGGGAAGACCACGAAGAGGCCUACAAAAAGCUGAAGGCUGAGAUUCUAGGCGAAGGUAGCGAUGACGAGGAAGACGAGGACGAAACCGAUGAGAGCUCUGAUGAUGAGGCGGAAGAAGAACGGCAGAUGGAUAUUAAGGAUCAAAGCAACACAGAUCUUGUCAAUUUGCGGAGGACUAUCUACUUGACGAUCAUGUCCAGCAUUGACUUUGAAGAAUGUUGCCAUAAACUGAUGAAGAUCUCGUUGCCACCCGGCCUGGAGCCUGAACUUCCGUCGAUGAUUAUUGAAUGUUGCUCGCAGGAGAGAACAUACUCGAAAUUCUACGGUUUGAUUGGAGAGCGGUUUUCGAAGAUCAAUCGUCUCUGGUGUGACCUUUUUGAGGCCGCUUUCGCCAAAUAUUACGACACUAUCCAUAGAUAUGAAACCAAUCGCCUGCGCAACAUUGCUCGCUUCUUUGGCCAUAUGCUUAGCACCGACGCCAUCGGUUGGCAUGUUAUGUCAGUUAUUCACAUGAACGAAGAAGAAACUACUUCAAGCAGUCGUAUUUUCAUCAAAAUUCUCUUCCAAGAUUUAGGCGAGCACCUCGGUCUGCCCAAGUUGCAGGAGCGUAUGAGAGAUGAGAUACUCCGCUCGAGCUUUGAGGGUCUUUUCCCUACAGAUAACCCUCGCAAUACCCGUUUCUCCGUUAAUUAUUUCACAAGUAUCGGCUUCGGUAUUCUGACUGAGGACAUGCGUGAACACCUAAAGAAUAUUCCCAAGCCGACAAUUCCCGCAUUGCCUGCUCGGGAUGCAACACCUGAGACGGAUGCUGAAUCUGUCAGCUCUCGCUCCUAUUGCUCCACAUGCACCGGAUCCCCUCACUCACGCUCACGCUCACGCUCUUAUUCAUACUCCCGUUCGCCUUCGCCGAGCCGAGGUCGCCGGCGCUCUGUCAGUCGGGGCCGGUCUUAUUCACGAUCCGUCUCCGGAUCUUCUCGCCGGAGCUAUAGCUACACACCUUCACGCUCCAGGUCCCCAGCAUCGAGAAGCCGCCGACGCUCCGUCUCUUACAGUAGAUCUCGGUCGCCGAGAAGGUCGUCGGUCUCCCGUACGCCCCCCAGACGGACUCGUGCCACGUCUUAUGACACUCGCUCCUCUCGGAGUGUGAGCCCACAUCCAUCCCGACGUCCACAGCCUCGCUCUGUUACACCUGAAAAACGAGGUUACGGCCGAAAGAAUCGAAGCUAUUCAAGGUCGGUGUCGAGGUCUGUUACUCCGCCUCGGCGUGAGGCACGGGGCAAGCGCUACUCUUCCGAGUCGUUAUCCCCUCCUCGCUCUAAACGAGCAGCAUCGCGUUCGCCCCGUCGACCAGCCCCGCCUCGCCGCGCCCGUGAUGGAUCGGCGUCCCAGUCUCCAAGUCCCGUACGGUCUGGACGUGGCCAAAGACGACGUCGGUUCUCAGAUUCCCGGUCACCGUCUCGUUCGCCACCUCGGCGCAGAUCGGCGUCCCGGACCCCUCCUCGUCGGGGCCGUGCCGCGGACUAUAUUUGA